AUGGCCUUAAAGCUCUCAACACUGAAGUUUUUGGUUCUAUGGGAUGCGCCGACAGAGGAAGUUGUCAUUAUGCACUGGGCAUGUUCAAAGAUAUCAGCAUCAUUAGCCAUUCCUGAUGCCAGUCUCCUUGAAAUCUUACUUGACAAGCUGAGGCUAUGCAGAGGCAUAUCUUAUGCUGCCAUUGCUGCUCAUGCAGAUAAGAAUGGCCGGCGCAAGUUAGCUGCUAUGCUCAUAGAACAUGAACCCCGCUCCUCCAAACAGGUGCCUCUCUUGCUAAGCAUAGGAGAAGAAGAUACUGCACUGACAAAGGCAGUUGAAAGUGGUGAUAUGGAUCUUGUUUAUCUUGUCCUUUUUCAUGUUUGGCAGAAGAGACCGCCCUUGGAGUUUUUUGGAACAAUACAGGGUAGACAAGUGGCACGUGAUUUAUUUGUGACUUAUGCAAGGUGCUAUAACCAUGAAUUUCUGAAGGACUUCUUCCUUUCAACUGGACAGCUUCAAGAUGUUGCUUUUCUAUUGUGGAAAGAGUCAUGGGAACUAGUGAAAAACCCAAUGGCAACUAGAGGAUCUCCACUUCAUGGUCCACGCAUUAAACUUAUUGAAAAAGCUCAACAUCUUUUUACAGAAACAAAGGAACACAUGUUCGAGUCAAAAGCAGCUGACGAGCAUGCGAAAUUGUUAAGAAUGCAACAUGAGUUAGAGGCGGCUACAAAGCAAGCUAUUUUUGUGGAUUCUAGUAUCAGUGAUACAAUUCGCACAUGCAUUGUACUUGGAAAUCAUAAAGCUGCCGUGAAAGUUAAAACAGAAUUCAAGGUUUCAGAGAAGCGAUGGUAUUGGCUUAAAGUUUUUGCAUUGGCAACAGUCAGGGACUGGGAUGCCUUGGAAAAAUUUUCGAAGGAGAAAAGGCCAUCAAUUGGUUAUCGGCCUUUUGUGGAGGCAUGCGUCGAUGCAGAUGAGAAAGGCGAAGCUCUAAAAUACAUACCAAAACUGGCUGAUCCUCGAGAGAGAGCCGAGGCUUAUGCUCAAAUUGGCAUGGCCAAGGAAGCUGCUGAUGCUGCAUCUCAAGCUAAAGAUGGUGAAUUGCUCGGACGAUUGAAGUUAACUUUUGCACAAAAUGCAGCAGCUUCAACAAUCUUUGAUACUCUUCGAGACCGGUUGUCCUUCCAAGGCGUUUCCUAGUCUUGUCCCUCCCAUCAUUUUCUUUUCUUCGAAUUCCUCAAGUUUCUUUUGGUGUGUUGCUUUUGUAUUGUCUUCAAUUUUAUGUGGCAGAAUGAAUGUCAGGACUCAGGAGGGCAGCUUCGCUUUCAGGCAUCUUGUACUUCUUCAUCUUCUUCAUUUGCCCUGAUCAAUUUUUGCCGAGAAGACUGCUUGCAAUAUUUGUAUCUUUCUUUUCCCUUUAUAUUUUCCCACUUUUUCCUUGUAUAUUUAAUUUAUCGCCCAAACAGUCCUGCGCUUUAUGGUUGAUUCCCUGCUAAUGGUUGUCUUGAAGUUAUGUAUUUUUGAUAGAAUGAAUUGGAGAACACUAACGAAUUCUAAACUUGUAAAGCUUUUGCUUUGUCCUCAUGUUCAUGUAGUUUCCAACAUUCAUGGUUGCUACCUUGAAUUUUUCCUUCUUUUUUUUCUUUUCUCCGAUUGAUUUGUUUUAUUCACUGCUUCUAUGUGGCAACACUCCACAGGCAAACUAUGAUGAAAACUCCACACAAAAACUGAAGGAACAAAAUUCCACUAUGUGGAACAAGUUGUUGCAUUCUAUUUCCAAAAUGUCAGCUAAUGUUACGAGAUUCAACAUAGAAUACCAGUUUGUGGUUAGGGUUGUCUUCAAUGACUCACCCAACAGAAGAAAUCUUUAUUGGGACUCUGUUUUGUGAAGCUGAAAUAUCAAGAACGUUGGGUUAUGGUUCGGACUCUCG